UUUAUAUAUAUAUAUAACAUAUUUUAUAUAUGUAUAAUGUAACUGAGUUUUUCAAUUAAUACAAGAAGAACUGUAACUUAGUAGUUAAAAUUGAAGUAAUGGAUUCACAAUAUAAAAUUAUACAUCCUGUGAAAUAUUUACAAGACCAUUUGGCACAAGAUAUCCGACCAGAUGGUAGGCAGUUUUUAUCUUUUCGCCCAAUAAGUGUAAAUAUAUCAUCAAUUACUCAUGCCGAUAGCUCAGCCAUAUUCAAAAUUGGUAACACAACAGUUGUAUGUGGUAUUAAAGCAGAGUUAGCAGCACCUAAAGCAGAAUCUCCGGAGUGUGGUUACAUUGUGCCAAAUAUUGAACUUCCUCCAUUAUGUUCUCCUAAAUUUCGGCCAGGCCCACCAAGUGACCAAGCACAAGUCAUUACAAAAUUAGUAGAAAAUAUUUUAAGAAAUUCAGCAGCUAUUGAUUUAAAAGAUCUUUGUGUCUAUAAGGGUAAACUAGUAUGGGUCUUAUACUGUGACCUUGUAUGUAUUAACUAUGAUGGUUCAAUAAUUGAUGCUUGCAUUGGAGCAUUGACUGCUACACUUAGUACUUUAACCUUACCUGAAACACUUUAUAAUGUAGAAACUGGAAGAGUAUCUGUAAAUUCCACAAAAAGAAUAAGGUUCCUGGUUAAAGCAUUACCAGUUUCUAUAACUUUUGCAAUAUUUAAUGAUCAAUUAUUGGUUGCCGAUCCUACCGAUGAUGAAGAAAGUUUAUGUUUAGGAAGAUUGACAAUUGUAAUGAAUGAAGAAAAGAUUUGUUGCAUACACAAACCUGGUGGAAUCCCAAUUUCACAAGAUUUAUUUUCAAAAAGUUUAAGUAAAUGUAAGAAAAGAGCAGAGUUGAUAAGGUCAUUAAUUGAUGCUGCUAUAUCAACAAUCAAACAAGAAACUUUUAAAUAAAUGAAAAGUUGUACAAAAUUUUGAAGUAUAUAAUAAUAAAGUAAUAAGUAAAUAAUAAUAAAACUUUUUAUAAUUAUUUUGUACUGUUUAUGAACAAAAUAUUUAAUAUUUUUCCAAUGUCUCUAAGUUAAUAUCAGUGUAUACUAUUAUAUACUAUUAACUAUUAUUUAUAUUUAGUAUUGUGUAUCAUUAUAUAAAAUAAAGUUAGCUUUUAAAUCGAAAUAAUUGAUAAUAGUAAUGUCUUACACAAGUCACACAAGCAACUUGCAGACAAAAGCAAUCUUUACAGAAUAAUUCAAAAAUAAAUAAUGAAAUGCUAAUACAAACUAGUUUUCUUCAUAAUACGUAAAAACUCUUCUUGAGAAACUUCUCCGUCCCCAUCUUUAUCUGCCUCAUCAAUCAUUUCUUGCAGCUCUUCAUCUGUAAGAUUUUCUCCUAAUUCUCGAGCAACUCUUUUUAAAUUUUUAAAAGUUAUUUUUCCUGUAUU